AUGAACUCUGUGACGGUUAUCGAAGUUGAUAAUUCUCCUGCUCAAGAGGUUCCUCCUACUCCUAAAGGAAAUGGAAAGAUGAGCGUUCUGGAAUCUUAUAUGAGCAGUGCACAGAGGAGAAAACUAGGCGAUAUUAGCAAUUUGCAGGGUCAAGCAAAACAAAUGAACAGAGAAGAGACGCACCAGCAACUAGAUAUGUUGUUCUCUUCCAAGGAAUAUGCUGAGAAGCUUCAAAAGGAGAACAUGACAUUGAUGAAAGCUCUAGCACACAGAAAUAAAAUCAUCGAGCUGAGCGGUGUUGAGUUCCAGAAACUGAGGAUCAACUUACGGAAUGUGCAGGAAAAGAAUUUGCAGCUUGCACAGGCAAACAGUCAUAUGUUGGCGGAACUCAAUACAAGCAGAGACAGACUCAAGCUACUUCAGCAUGAACUUUGCUGCAAGAAUGUAUUACUUGAGGCCAGGAAAGUUCAGCUUGAGGAGCAAGAACUUCCACCUACACAUCACCCAUCGAAAGAUAAGGUGCAUGACAUGAAUCAUAAAGACACCAAGAGAAAGCGAACGUCAAGGAUAAAACCUUCAGAGUGCUCCAACGUUAAGCCAAUACAGAUUAAAGAGAACGCUAACAGUAAAAGGAAAGUUUCUGGAGUCAUAGAUACUACGGCUAUCCCUGAAGUGACCUGUCAGACGGAAGAUGACAUUGAGAAGGGGGUUGUUGUCUCUCAAGGGACAAACCAAAUUAUUGACCAUAUUGUCAACAAAAAGUUUGUUCCUGAUGCAGUAAACCCAGUAAAAGACAGUGUUCAUAGCAAGAGGCAAUGUGUACGAAGGAAAUCUACCAGGUUUGAUGUUCCAGUAACUGAUCAAACGGAAAAAUUGCUUGAGAUGGAUGAUGCCAAAGAAACCAAAGAAACUGCAAGGCUCUCUUUGAGAAGACGAUCUGCUCGGUUAAGGCCUGAAGAAGCUGAACCAUGUAAAAGCUACCAAGAGAGUGACGAAGUCAGGGAGACAAUCAAGACAAGAAGAGUCUCUUCAAUACUACAGUCUUCAAAGUCUGAUUUCCAAGAGCCGGAAGUGACUGAAACCUUGAAUGCUGAUGAUGCAGGAAGCUUAGUAAGCCAGGGAUCAAGAUCUGAAGUUGUAGAACCAUCCGAAACCAGACAUGACACAACAGAUACAAACGGGAAACGCAGGUUUGUUAGUGACAUUAUUGAAAGAGAAUCAAAGACUAGAGCUGAGGAAAGCGAAGGGGUGAUGAGAAGAACAUCUGUGGGAAGAAGACCAUCGAGACAUGCAGCAGACAAAGUCCAAUCAUACAGAGAAGUUUCACUUAAAGCAAAGAUGCGGCGAGACUGCUGA